AAACGGCGAGCAUUCGCGCGGAUCGUGAGCCUCCUCCAACCGCGCGACGCGGUCCUAUCCGAGCGUCACGCCGUCGGGAUAUCCUCUGCUCUAUCAUCUCGCUGCUUCACUCACCUCCCCUCCUCGACCACCGCCACCGCCACCGCCACCGCCACCAUGUUCUCCCCCUCCCUCGUGCUCACCACCUGCAGCCGCGCCCUCCUCCUCCCUCUCCCCAGAGCGCCACGCCCCACCACCGCCGCUGCGACUGCGAGAGUCGCCGGCGGCGCUCCUCUCCUCCACCUCAGCUCCGCCGCUCCCGCUCCCUGCCCGGGAACGGGGAGAGCGCGGCGGGGCUGGAUAUGCCGGGACUCCUCCCUCCGGGGCCCACCGGGGGUGGACCCCGUCGCGGACGAGGAAGAGAAGAAUAAGAGCAAGGCCGAGGCGGUGGCGGCCGCAGCGGCGGCUCGGGUUGCAAGUAGCGGCAGCGGCGGCGGCGGGGGGAGUAUUAGUGACUGGACGACUUCGGUGCUUCUCUUCGGAAUCUGGGCGGGGCUCAUGUACUACGUCCUCCAGCUCGCACCCAACCAGACGCCGUACAGAGACACAUACUUCUUGCAAAAGCUUUCUAAUCUGAAAGGUGAUGAUGGUUUUCGAAUGAACGAAGUUCUUGUUUCUCUAUGGUAUAUAAUGGGCCUCUGGCCACUAGUGUACAGCAUGUUGCUUCUUCCUACUGGCAGAAGUUCAAAAAGCAAGAUUCCUGUCUGGCCAUUCCUGGUACUUUCAUGCAUAGGGGGAGCAUAUGCUCUGAUCCCUUACUUUGUUCUAUGGAAGCCUCCUCCACCUUCCAUUGACGAGGAUGAAAUUGGACAAUGGCCACUAAAAUUUCUUGAAUCAAAAUUAACUGCAGGAGUAACUUUUGUUGUGGGCCUUGGACUGUUUAUCUUUGCAGCCAAAGCUGGUGGUGAAGAUUGGCAUGAAUUUACUCGAUACUUUAGAGAAAGCAAAUUAAUACAUGUCACGGGCCUUGAUUUUUGUUUGCUCUCAGCCUUUUCACCAUUUUGGGUCUACAAUGACAUCACAGCAAGGAGAUGGAAAAAUGGCUCUUGGUUUUUGCCCGUAGCACUCAUCCCUUUUGUCGGACCUUCAUUGUAUCUUUUGCUGCGACCAUCACUCUCUUCUCUGCUGGCGGCAGCAGGUCCAUCAGAUGAUGAACCGAAGAAAUAACAGUUAUGUAGAUGAGGAUUGAUGAAAGUUUUGGUUAUGUGAAGAUGACAUGUAUAGAAGGUUUAGAACCACUUCUGGCAAUUGGAUUGAACCGAUUUGCACUAGAAUCUGGAGGAAUUCCACAACCUGGAAUUAUCAGUACUUAGUACAGUAUUUGGCUGGCAAGGUGUGGACAGUGGCUUUUAUCAGCAUGGGCACUUGGUCAGCAAUUCAACAUCUGAACUCCCCACAAUUUUUUCAACUCAGAAGGCCAUCGAGUAAUCAGCAAAGUUUAAAUCACCGAUGGCAUCCUACAUUCUACAGCAUACGUAUGACCUUUUUCUACAAUAUGUUGUCCCUGUAUAGAAAAUUUUGACCUUGUGACUGGUUCAUAUAUAUGUAAGAAGCUAUGGUGGUGGUACGUGAUCAUGAAUAAUACUAUCUCCAUUUUAUAUUGUAAGACUUUUUAGUAUUGACUAAAUCCAUUCAUUGAUAAUAUAUGUGUCUAGAUUUAUUAGCAUCCA